AUGAUAUUCUUGUGCCCAGAUCCCCAACUUAAAGAAAAUAACACUGCAAUCUCCAACAGUUCGUACAUUCUGCGUUCACUGCAUACUGACUGUGUAAACAAUCAAGAUCCAGUGAGUUGUUUUGAGCAAGCAGCUUUGUCAUCCUUGAAAAGCCUAACAAAUGUACCUAAAGAAAAUUGGUAUUUAGUGAUUGAUGCUCUGGACGAAUGCCUCAUACAAACUAAAUUUGGUCUAAGUAUCGUAUAUUUGCUCAACAACAAACUUCCCCGUUUACCAUUGUGGCUGAGGCUUGUGGUGACAUCUCGUAAUGAAUCAACCAUUUCAUUUAAUCUGAGGAGCAUUAAGAAAAUAAUCAUUGAUCCUGAAGACACUCGAAACACUGCAGAUAUCGAACUGUUUUUGACUACUCGAUUUUAUCAAGAUGGUCCUUUCAUCCACCGCGUUAAAGCUUGGUUUGGAGAUGCAAGCUUAGAAAAUACAACCAGGUUGAUUUCUCUUUUGUUAAGCAAGAGCCAGGGAAAUUUCCUGUUUGUUAAAGAAAUGAUCCGUCACUGGGAAGCUUCAAGAAAUAUGAAACAUGACCCGCAUGCAUUGCCUGAAACAUUAAAAGAUUUGUAUUACAAUUACUUCCAAAGAUUGUACCAUGGAGAGGAACAUUUCCAACCUGUCCGACGGAUCUUAGAAUCACUCGUGGCCACUUUGCAGCCACUCACGCCAAAAGAAAUUUUUGACGUUCUUAGAUUACAGGAAGCAAACCUGAAACAAGUCCAUGAUUUUCAAAAUAUCAUGAAGGAGCUCGAUCAUUUUCUGAGAUAUGGAGUGAAUGAUACAGUAACACUUUAUCACUUGUCUGUAACCGAGUGGCUUACAAGCGACAAUGGCAGGAAUGGGCAAUUUUACGUAAGUAGAAGAAAAGGACACGAAGAACUUUGUGAUUUUUACUUUAAAUGUAUUGCCGAUGGAGGUAAGCCUGCAUUAUUAAAAUACGGUCUUCCUUUAGCGCAACACAUCGCUUCUGGUGGUUGGAAGGAGGCAUACGUAGAACAAUCUCUCAAGUUUCCUUCUCAGGUUGUCAAUUCAUCGAAUCCUGAAAGCAAUAGGACGUUAUUGCACCUUGCAGUUACAAUAAAUAACACAGACGUAUUGGAACUGUUAUUACCUCAUUUAAUUUACCUAGACUUCUCCGAUGUUUAUGGGAAAACACCUGCAUUUUUAGCUGCUGAACACGGGCUUGUAGAAAAUUUAUCGCUCUUGAUAAAGAGAGGGCCAAAUGUUAAUUUGAAGACAAAAUCGCUUAAGUCACUGAGUCUCGAAAAUGUUUGUGCCAUUCCCAAUUUCGUCUUGGAAUCGAAAUCGAAAUUUACGAGCGCCACUAUGCUUCACGCUGCAGCUCAUGUAGGCCAUCUUAAGGUUGUUAACUUCCUAUUAGAGAACGGGGCAUUUCUCUCUACGGUUAACGAUGUUAACUUAACGGCACUUCAGUUAGCCGCUGAGAAAGGACAUUUGGAAGUGGUAAAGGCAUUACACGAGGCAGACAUUGAAACUAGGAGGUAUAUUACCCGUACUGGUCUUCUUGCCAGGUUCUUCCACUAUAAGGAUUACCAUGUUAUGAACACACAUUUGUAUCGAUGGCUAGAUGUAUUCAUCAGUUUAAUCCUACACGGCUCAAACAUAAAUGCAAUAGAUGUACAUGGUCGAACGGCACUGCAUAUAGCAGCUGAAAAUGGUUUGGCCGACGCCGUAAAUGUUCUUCUGCAGAGGAAGUCGCAGAUUGAAGUCAGUGAUAAAACUGGUCAGACACCUUUGGAUGUUGCAGUCACAAUGGCUGCAGUCGUACCCACGUGUGGAAGAUUCAUAGGCAACGUUGGAACGAGUAUGGAUCAGCUUCAACCAUAUUUAAGGGAUCACGAGAUGGUCGUAUACCUUCUUCUUUCACAUGCCUGGAGGAAGAAAAGUUUUUUCCAAAAGACCUCUUGUGACGAUCAGUCAUGUUCAUCGAAAAAGGGACCUUUGUUAAAAGCCAUUGAAAACCAUCAUUUGGGGUACAAGGUCAUUGAGUUCUGCAAAGAUGUUGAGGGAUUUACACCGUUACACAGAGCUGCGCAAGGUGCAAACGUGGUUGCUGUUCGUAGCCUCUUAGAACUUGGUAUGAGCCAGUCUACACUGAGUCGUCAUGGUUACGAUGCUCUGACAUUGACCCUUCUCCAUGCUGAAAAACCUCAUUCGUGCUUUUUGGAUAAUGGUGGGGUGGGAAACGCUUCUGCUGCUGCUCUAGAGUUUCUCCGCCAUGAAAUGAAAUCAAGUGGCUUCCAAAUCAUCUGUGAUCCCAGUAAACCUGAGCUGACUCUAUACCACUUAGCAGCCUCCCGUGGCCUAGUGCAGUUCAUUAAACAGAUCUUUAAAGAUAAGAUGCUUCAUCGGUUAGAUGUUGAUUGUCCUAACAGCGAUGGAAUUACACCAAUGUACCUAGCGAAAUUAUUCGACAAAUUGGAUGAUGGAAAAGUAUCUGAUGUUAAUGAUGAGUACAAUCCCUGGUUUCAAGUUGUGAAACAUAUCAAGAACCAGAGAGGCAAGAUGCAGUAUCCAAGCAAAAUUGCGGAGUAUAAUUUAAUUUAUCACAAGUUGUAUGGCUGGAUUCCGACGGGCACAGAGCUGAAGUGA